AUGAGCGCGGUCGGCGCGGCGCCCGGCGCGGUGGACGAGGGGCUGCUGGCCUCAUACCAAUUCCUCCGCGCCGACUGCGUGAACGGCACCUUCCCCGACGGCGCCGGCGCGGGCGGGCCGCUCGUCCGGACGGCCUCGACGCGCUGCCUCCACGGGCUGGGCGUCGCCGCGGACGGCGCCGCGCCGCGCGUCACCGCCGGCGCGGCCGCGCUGCGCGACGCGCUCGGCGCCAGCGCCGAGGACGGCUCUGACGGUUUGACGGUGGAGCUCUGGUUGCGCCUCGACGGCGUGGGCGAGAGCACGGAGGAGCAGCCCAUUUUUUCGAUCGGCGCGCCUGAUGCUGAUGACGAUUCGGAGCUGAAUAAUGUCGGCCUGCGGGUCUGCGCGUACCAAGAUAGGCUGCUUGUGAACAUGGUCUUCCGCGGUCAGAGUCCCUACGACGACGGAGUCGACACGCAGUGGUUCAACAAAAAUAUACCCGAUCUAGUUGGGGACAUCGCCGGUGGCAAUGUCUCACACGUCGUCGUCUCAAUUGGCCAACGAAUUGACGUCUACGUUGAUGGCAUGCUCUACUAUGACAACAAUUUCAUGGCCGGCUUCGAAUACGAGGACUUCAAGGCGACGGAAGCCUGGGCGGACACGUUCGCGCUCGAGCUCUUCUCGGACGGCAUCUCCCGCUACGAGGGUGCCGAGCCCUUUGGAGGUGAUAUCUUCUCCUUGAAAAUCUACGACCGCAAGCUCGACGCCGCCGACGUGGCCCAGAAUUUUGACGCGGGCCUACCGCAGACGCCGGCGCUCGCAUACCCGGUCGAGGCCACGAUCAACGAGGACGGCGAGGCUAUUGCGGGCUCACUCCUAGAUAUUGCUCCGAAGCUCUACGCGGCGCCCUUGCCGGCGUCGCGCCUCGGGACCGUCUCACUGAACGUCGUGGACCUCGACGAGGCACCGGGCUAUCCCGCGAGUCAGCCGAUGAAAUCGACGGCCAUGGUCGCGACGCUGCCGGAGGCUGGCGAGAUCCUGCAUCUAGACGGCACGCCGAUUAGUGUAGGAGACGUCCUGGACCCGCCGAGACUCCUCGCGCGGCCGCCGCUCGACGCCGUCGGUCAGAACGUCAUGAACUUCUCGUAUCGGGCGGUGGAUGGUGGCACGGGGUCGAUCUCGAGUGCCGCGACGGUCUUGAUCUCGACGGUCGCAGUCAACGACCCGCCGGUGCCGUCGAAUAUGACUCUGGUAGCCGAGGCCGGCGCGGCCCGCGUCAUCGAGUUGCCAGGCAGCGACGUCGACGAUCCCAUCGCCACCGCAAUUGCAGUACUAGACGGCCCUAUUUCACCGGACGUCUCCAUAAUACUGAACGCCACGGCGCGGACGGUUUCCUAUCUUUACGAGGGUCCCGUGACGACCGACGCGAUGGACCCCGAGACCGGUGUGUUCCUCGUCGACUCCUUCCGGUUCCGACUCAUAGAUGCGCACGACGCCACGUCAUUUGCGACGAACGUCACGGUAGAGGUCCGGAGCCCGAUCGUCGCGACACCAACAGAACCCCAGACGAUCGCCGAGGAGGGCGGCGACGUCGAACUGCGGGCCGUCGAUCUCGGUGAUGCACCGGGCGACGUCUGCGUGGAAAUCGUGGAACCGCCCCCCCAAGGACGCCUCGUCGACGGCUGGGGCGUGGAGGUCGGGCCCGGCGCCGCGCUCUCCACAAAGCUCCGGCCGCCCUUCGCGGCGGGGGCCCCGGUCCGCUACGAGGGCGGGGCCGACGCCUUCACGGCGCCGGAUCGGAUGUGGAACGGGUCGGCGCUCGCCGUGCCGUCGAUUCAGAUAAAGUACCGCGCCUUCGCCUGCGACGCGCCGCAGCGCGCGUCGCCCGUGGCCACGCAAUCACUGAAAGUGAUCAACGUCAACGACGCGCCGGCGCUCCUCUACCCGGCCCGGGCCUUCGCCGUCUACGCGGGCGUCGCGGAGUCGGACGACGAGUUCCCGUCUACCGUACUGCUGGAGGGCCUCGAGCUCACGGACGCGGACCGCGACGUCGACGCGGUACGGGUGACGGUGGCCGCACAAUUCUCGACGUCGAUGCUCUCCAUGGACGCGGCGCUGCUGCCGCUCGCCGACUUCAACAGCGACCGGGACUGCUUCGGCCGGGGCGCCAGCGGUUGGCGCUGCGAGGGCGACGGGCUGGACGAUUCCCGCUUCACCUUCGUCGCGACGCCGUCGGCCGCGAACAAGCUCCUCAAGACCCUGAGCUACCGGUCGAUCGCCACCGACGUCCGCGACGUCGUCUCGGUCGAGGUCUUUGAUGGGGUCGGCGGCGAGUGCCUCCACGAGCACACGACGGCGUCGAUCCGCGACGGCUGCUUCCGGCGCAACGCGUCGCUCACGAUCUACGUGGCGUCGUACGCGUUGUUCGAGGCGCACGCGUCCGCGUCCGCGCGCUCUGAGCGGCGCUGGGCGAAGCAGUACGGGUGGCCCUACUCUGCCUUCGCGGGCUUGUUUCUCCUGGCGUGUUUUGUUGCGUGUUGCGCGCGGUGCUGCUGCCGCCGCCGCACGUCGGACGACGGCGCCGAGGUGAAGAAGAAGCGGAGGAAGCGGGCCUGGUGUUGCUCGCGGCGCCGACGAUCGAACGCCGACGAGGAAGUCGGGGCGUACUCGUCGACGCCCUCGGAGGAUGAGAAAGAGGAGCCCCCGGAGCCGCCGCGGGCCACGGUCCUCCAACCCUUCGCCACGGUCCUCCAGCCCUUCGAGCCGGCCGAGCCCUGGCAGCUCGCGGUCGCGGGCGGCGCGCGCGUCAAGGUCCUGCAAAUUCACGAGGACGGCUGGGCCGAGGUCCGGGACGCGACCGGAACGACGGGCCUCGUGCCGGCCUGCUAUUUGGACCUGCCGCCGCCGGCGCCCGCCAAGUGA